GAAUUCUUAAUCUGAUUACAAGUAUCCUUGCUUGGUGUUGUGCGUUUAAGGUGUUGUGUUUGCUCGGGCCCUAUGCAUUGGAUGAACUAUAUAUUCAUUAGUGUCCCCAAAAGGCUGUAUUAAGUUACACAUUCGAUUUGUAUACGUUCUCUGUAUUUUUGUUAUGCUAUUCAAGUUUAGUGGAUCUAAUAGAUGAGAUGGGUAGUCUAUAUCAUUGACGUUAUAUAAUAACAGUUUAAUGCGAGAUUCCAUGCUUGGGGACCGUUAUUGUUAUCAUACACAGGUGUGUUUAGAUAUAGAGGGGCUGCGAUAUGAUUGAUUUUGCAUAGUUAGUUUACAACUAAUAACAAUGGAGGAUUCUGAGUUGGAUAUUCUACUUGCCGCCGCGGAGAGUGGGAAGAACGUAUUGAUUCCCGUUACCGACCCUCGCUUCAACAGUAGUAUAGCAAAAAUAAACGUUAAGGAGGCUAUGGAUAUGGCUCAGUAUUUAUAUGCUGAAAGCGGAUUUGAUGCUGAGGGUCGUGUGGUUACUAACAAUUUUAAAUACCAGAUUCAUUCAUCUAAGGUUAAUCCGAAUGUACUUAAUUUAGUGGAGCGCAAGGAUCAUGUUAGUUACGACUAUUUGAUUGCUCUGGGCUGUCUUCGAUGUAAGACAUCUGUUAACUUUAAAUCACCGCAUUCGUUUUUUGAUAGUGAUUCAUCUAUCCGUCAGGAGCUACGUUGUCAAACAUGCAACGAGGUUAUCGCACCUAUAUUUAGUUCAAAUUGCACGGACGUUCUUGUCGACAGUUUGGAAAAGCGUGCUACAUUUGGCCGAGGCAAUGAGGGAGAGAAGGCCUAUAUAUAUGGUUAUCGUCAGAGUUGUGAGUUUGACCGUUCCAGUAAGAAAUGGUGGAUGGAUUCACUUAAGGAUGACGGUGAAAGGGCUGGCGACGACAAUACCUUAUUCAUGGCAAAGAAUGCCAACAAGAGCAGUCGUGAGGUAGUGAAGCAAUUGUGUGACAACUGCGGUUUUGAAGAGGCUUAUUAUUCAACAUUCCAAGCUCGUUCUGCUGAUGAGGGUAUGACUGUGAUGUAUGAGUGCAAGCGGUGUAAGAAUCGCACUGUUGUCAAUACUUGAUUUGACUCAUACUCUAGACACCAUAGCAGGAUCAUAUAAUCGAUAUUCGAACAG